AUGGCUUCGAACUCGAUCAAGCUCUUGACUGGUAACAGUCACCCUGAGCUUGCAAACCUUGUGGCAGCUCGGCUUGGCAUUGAAUUGACCAAGAUCAUGGUCCUCCAAUAUUCGAACCAGGAAACCAGUGUCACAAUCGGAGAGAGUGUACGAGAUGAGGAUGUUUUCAUCUUGCAGUCGACGCGGCCCAAUGAUAUCAACGAUGGACUGAUGGAGCUGCUCAUCAUGAUCAAUGCUUGCAAGACCGCUUCCGCAAGACGUAUCACCGCCGUCAUUCCCAACUUCCCUUAUGCGCGCCAAGACAAGAAGGAUAAGAGCCGUGCUCCUAUCACCGCCAAGCUUAUGGCAAACAUGCUCCAGACUGCUGGUUGCAACCACGUCAUCACCAUGGACCUCCACGCCAGCCAGAUCCAGGGCUUCUUCAACGUUCCCGUCGAUAACCUGUAUGCUGAGCCUAGCAUUCUGAAGUGGAUCCGCGAACACCUGGAUGUGAGCAACUGUAUCAUUGUCAGUCCUGAUGCUGGUGGUGCUAAGCGUGCCACUGCCAUCGCCGACCGCCUCGAUCUCCAGUUCGCGCUCAUCCACAAGGAGCGCCCCCGCCCCAACGAGGUCUCGCGCAUGGUUCUCGUUGGUAGCGUUAAGGACAAGAUCGCUAUCAUCGUUGACGACAUGGCUGAUACCUGCGGUACUCUCGUCAAGGCCGCCGAUACUGUGAUGCAGCACGGUGCUAAGGAAGUCAACGCUAUUGUCGUCCACGGUAUCCUUUCCGGCAAGGCUACUCAGAACAUCAACAACAGCUGCCUGAGCCGUGUUGUUGUGACCAACACUGUUCCUCACGAAGACAAGAAGGAGCAGUGCGAUAAGAUCGAGACGAUCGACAUCAGCCCCACUCUUGCAGAGGCCUGCAGACGUACGCACAACGGCGAGUCUGUGAGCUUCCUGUUCUCGCACGCUGUCGCCUAA